CCUUCGUGUUACCUUCAGCGGGAACGUUGACGUUUUCAGUUGGGGGACAUUUUAGUCUGAUGCACCAUGAUGGAAGCAUGGAGCCGAGCGGCUAGCAGGAAUUUUUAAACCAAGCGUAGUUUUCAUCUAAAAGAGGAGAACGCAGGAACAAUGGAGCCUCAGACGAAACGCUGGAAAGGCUCGGAGUGUGACACCGACUCCUGGGUGGCGUAUCCCGUCCUGUCAGAUGAGCAGUCACAAGAUGUCGAGCUGAUCGAGGCGUUUGCUGCGCCCAUUGUGGACAAGAAGGAGACAUCUCGACUGGUCCGGGAGCUGAACGGCCUCUACCCUCUGAACGGCCUCCAGCACGUCAAGAGGGUGCGGGCGGUGAAGGGCAGCCUUCAUCCUCUGGAGAUCCUCGUCUGCCUCGUCAGUGAGGCACCAGACCUGAAGGAGGUCUCCAUCGACUCUCUGCUCCCCUCAGGUGGAGUUAAACAUGAUGGACUGGGUCAGCCUUUUGUGGUCAGGGUCCCUGCCCGUCCUCCUUUGACCCGACCCCAGUUUGAGCUGGUGAACAAACAGUGGCCCACCUCGUUUCAUGAGGACAAACAGGUGACGGUGGCCCUGAGAGGAGAGCUCUUCAGCCCGCCUCAGAAAUCCAGGAUGCACAUGUACAUGACAUCUGCUCUGACUGCUGCCAGGGCAGGAAGCGAGCUGGGAAUGGAGGCAGUGGGCGCGGUGAUGGUGGACCCAGCGAUGGAGAGGAUCAUCGCAGUGGGUCAUGACUGCAGAGGCGACCAUCCUCUUCAUCACGCCAUCAUGGUCUGCAUUGACCUGGUGGCUCGGAGUCAGGGAGGUGGAUGUUACUCUUUUGACAGAUAUCCUGGCUGCAGCUUUCAGAAGCUUCCUGAUGCAGAAGAGAGUCCUCAGCCGUACAUAUGCACCGGGUAUGACCUCUACGUGACCCGGGAGCCUUGUGUCAUGUGCGCCAUGGCGCUGGUUCACUCCAGGAUAGGUCGCGUCUUCUACGGGACCGUGUCUGCUGACGGCGCCUUCGGCACCAAAUAUAAAACCCACUCGCAGAAAGAUCUGAACCAUCGCUUUGAGGUCUAUAAAGGAGUGUUGGGGAAGCAGUGUGAGGAUCUGAACUGUGUGGACCAACACAUUAAAAACAAAAGUUCACAGGACAGUCGAUGAUUGUUGGUGGACUUGGGAAAUUCUGAGUUUUAGUUAUCACAGGUGACAUGUUUUAUACAAGCUUUUUUUCCCUUUUUUUAAAUAAGGAUUUUAAUCAUGAUUGUCGAGAUGAAAACCAAAAACAAAGUUCCUUACAGUGUUUGACGCUGACGUUAAACUGUGUGACUUACAGCAGAAUCGUUUGAGGAUUAAAGAGAAAGUCAGUGACACUGAAGUCUGACUUCAAGUAAAUAAGCACAAAAAAAAUGUGAAUUUGCUGGAGUCAGAAAGAAGUGCUGUUCAUUUUUGCAGCAGAUUUGAAUCUGGUCAUUGUCGGAGUAGUUUAAUGUAUGUCAGUGUCUCUCCUGCAGGAGAGGAAAGCACUGUCACCACCAACAGAAGAUGUUAUAAAGACACACUAAGUCUUCAUCUUAAGUGUCUCAGGAGGCUUUUAACUUUGUAAGUUCAGGCUGGAAGUCGGCUAACAUGUUGAUCAUGUUUCUUUAGAAACUUAUUUUAAAGAAUUUAAAGUCUCAAGAGAACUCGUGUUUCUAAUUUCUUAAGUUGUCUGAACUUCUGAGGUACAUUAUUUCAGGAGCUUUCAUUUCCUUGAUAAAUGUUUACGACCUCGAUGAAGAAUGUUCAUUUUGUUCUUGUGCAAUUUGUUGUAAUGCUCCUUUAUUGCAGCCAUUACCCUGUGUGUGAAUCCAGCACCAGGUUUAGACAGGUGUUGGAGCCUUUCCUGAUAAGCCCCGGUUUGUGUUACUUCACGGGUCAAAGGUUUGUUGUUCGCCACAGCUGAACUUUCUCCUGUCCACACACUUCAUCAGAGCAGCUCCAAUUAAAAAGGGAGGUUGUAAAAUA